GAGCAAAUCAGUGCUCAUCUAGGCAUUGUACGUUUAGGUAUAGGUAUGUGUCCUUGCCUGUGAAUAUAAUAAAUCACUCACAAAACCCACGUAGUGGGAAUAGACAGAUACAUGUAUACAUAGGUACAGGUGUAUACAAAUAUUGAUACGUCAAACGCGAAUGUCAAGCUAGCGGAUUCGGUGUUUGUUGCUGGUGAAUUUUUACAUUGUUAUCUAUGAUGGGUGGAUAGUGCUAUAGUUGAUGUUUUACAAGGAGGUGUAACCUGUCAAAGUGUGUAUGUGUUUUUUACCUAAGUGAUGAAACCAAAUUCUUUACAAAUUUACUAUUCAGUUCAAAUGAGUGAUACAUUAUAAAAGCAAGUAUUGUUUAUUCACGAAUCUUGUACGAGGUUAGAGACAAAACCACACCUGUUGAAGAAUAGAGACUUCUUUUUGGAAAUAUAAUGCGUCAUUCUUCAUGGUCGAUGUUGCAAGCUGAGAAAGCUUUAAAUAGUUAAUGUCAUUUUACGAAAGAAAAUUAAAAGCAAGUAAUAGUUGAUUUUUACGUUUUUACUACAUCAAGUUUACAGCAAAUAUAUUCAGAAUGGCUACUUCACGAUCUUCUAAUGGAAUCGGUCGUCAUUCGCAACGUUCAACGCUGUUAAAAGUUGUGAUUCUUGGAGAUGGAGGGGUAGGAAAAUCCUGCUUAAUGAAUAGAUUUGUAUCAAAUCAUUUUGAUGAGCAAAGUUUCCAUACUAUUGGAGUUGAAUUUCUCAACAAAGACAUUGAAAUCAAUGGAGAAUCCUAUACUCUUCAAAUUUGGGAUACUGCAGGGCAAGAAAGAUUCAAAACUCUUAGAACACCUUUUUAUAGAGGGUCUGAUAUAUGUUUACUAACUUAUGCUGUUGACGAUCCAGUUAGUUUCAAAAAUUUAAAUCUAUGGAAGUCAGAGUUUUUGUAUUAUGCGGAUGUUCCAGCAGAAUCAUCUUUUCCCUUCAUUAUUGUUGGCAAUAAAGUGGAUGUCCCCGAAAGUGAAAAACGCGUUACUACAGAAGAAGCUGAACAGUGGUGUUCUGUUAAUGGUGGUUUACCUUUAGUAGAAACAUCUGCUAAGGAUGCAACCAAUGUAGAAACUGCAUUUAGUGCAGCUGUAGCAGCAUGGGCCAAGCUUGAAGCUCGUGUUGAACGUCCACUGCUAGAGGACACUGUAGAUCUUUCUAAACAACAAAAUGCUUAUCGCUCAAGUUGCUGUCUGCCUUCGUUUGUUUAAAGUCAUAGUUUUUAUUUGUUACUAAUUGAAUGAACAUCAAUAGAGUAUUAUCAAUAGCUUUGAAAGUUUACAUUUUGUGAAACUAUAAAUAAUUGAUAGAGUAGUGUAUGUAUGGAGCUUGAAAAAUCUCAUACACUUUUUUAACAUUUUUGUAAAUGACCAGAAAUUUAAUUGUACAUAAUAUAGUCUAUAUUUGAUUACUUUGCAGAAUCGUUUUAAAUUAGAAAAGUAGUAGAAAAAGUUUUAUAUUUACAUGUAUGCAAAAAAAUGUGUAAAACAAGACAUAGAAAGUUAAGCAUUUUUAACCAUUUUAAUGGUGUCUUGAGUCUCAAAAUUAAAAAAAAUGUAUGCAUCUAUUAAUUGGUUAAUUUUGACGUAUAUUUUCUUGAAGGCGUAUAAGAGAAAGAAGUAUAUUUUUAAAAAUAUUUU